CUCCACCUUAACUGUAAUUUGCUGCUACUCCUCAUACCGAGAGAUACCUAGCAUUCCUUAUACGCGUUGUGUGUAUUGUUGUUUGUUGUGUAUUGUGUAUAUUUGGAUAUUUUUUGCGAACUGGACGCUAUCAUGUAUUUUAUGUGUUGUGUACGUAAUUGUAGCAGCACGCGCAAGGACGCUAUGUUACAUAAAUUUCCAUGUAACGAAAAUCGCUUAUUAAAGUGGAUUCAGUGCCUGAAAGAUGAUAAUAUAAACAUAUCUUCAAUUCAUAAUUUGUUUGUAUGUCAAAAACAUUUUGAACGAAGAUUCGUUCGUGAGAACUCGCGUCUGUUGUAUGAUGCAUAUCCGACGCUAUUUACACCUGCUGAAAUCACAACUGGAGUUCCUGAAUGUAAAGAAAAUGUGGAUCCAAAAGUUGAUCACAGUUACAGCAGGAAGAGGCACAUCGACCACACAUAUGCCAAAGAUUUACCUCCAACAUCAAGUUCUGGUGCAUGCAGGAUUGUUCUUAAACCAAGAUUGUUAUCAAAUACAAUUACUAAGAACAAAGUCGAGCUAACCAUCCCUGAAAGCAGUGCCCCAGGAUCAUGUGAAAAAACUUGUAGUGUCAUUCCACUUGAUGCUUCUCAUGUCAUGGACAGUGAGAGUAAAGAUCCUUCACGAAAUAUUCUGAGAGUUGAAGUCCGCUCUCAAUCACCUACUACAGAUGCUUGCAAAGCUAAAAUUGAGAAUACAAUUAUUACACAAACCCCUAAAAAGUCAGGAAGGAAAAGAAUAAUUCAGGCACUUAAUAAGUUAACACCCACCUGUAAGCUUAUCUACAAAGAAUACACAAAAGCCAAAAAUCAAGCUGACUAUCAUCGUCGGGCUAAAAGAGCUGUCAAAUUUGCAAAGGAGCAUUCUUUUGAAGAAAUGGCAGAAAAAAUGAACCCCUACGCUAAGAAAAUUUUUGAAAUGCAAAUCAACCUGUGCACGAAAAAGAAAAAAGGUCGCAGAUUCACAUUAGAGGAAAAACUGAUAACUUUGGCCAUAAUGAAACAAAGCCCAAAAUGCUAUCGUUUUUUGCACAAAAUUUUCAUUUUACCAUCUUCAUCAACUUUAAAUAAGAUGGUAUCCAGAUUAAAGAUUGAGGCUGGUAUCAACCCCCAAUUUUUCACUCUAAUGAAAAAAGAGGUUGACACCUGGGAGGACUCAAAAAAAUAUUGUUCGAUCCUAUUUGAUGAAAUGGCAUUGGGAAUGGGACUGUCAUAUAAUUCGAAAGAUGAUAAAAUACAUGGAUUUGUCGAACUGACUGGGAGAAAAAAUAAAUUUGCUGACCAUGUUUUGGUUUUCAUGGCACGUGGAGCAGUCCAUAAGUGGCAGCAGCCUAUUGCAUAUUAUUUUUGUGAGGGGGCUACGUCUGGGCCAGAGUUAAAAAAGAUUAUAAAAGAUAUUGUAUCGGCCAUUGCUGAUAUUGAUUUGAAACCAAUAGUCCUUGGUUGUGACCAAGGCACAGCUUUCCAAUCUGCUGUACGUAACUUACAAGAAGAGACGAGGCGAGAGCAAUUGCUUAGGAAUGAAGAGCCAGAUCAGUCUGUCAUCAUUGGAUGCUCCAAACUUAGUGUCAUAUAUGACCCAUCCCACCUCAUUAAAGGGAUAAGAAACAACUUUCUUACCAAAGAUAUAAAAUGGAAAGGAAAGAUUUCAAAGUGGCAAGACAUAGUAGAUGUUUACAAAACUGACUGCAGCCACACACAAUCAAGAAUAUUGCAUAAAUUAAAUGACGAGCAUGUCAUACCAGCAAAAGUAAAAAAAAUGAAGGUGAAGAAUUGUGUGCGCGUGCUUAGCAAAUCUGUAGCUGCUGCACUUUCCUACACUUCACAGUUCUCUACUUAUGUUGACGGAACACCAGUCAGUGGGACAUUAAAAAAUACUGCAGAGACGGUGUCAUUUUUCGACGACUUAUUCGACUCUGUGAAUGGUGCAGCUGCCACAGCUAAAGCUGCGAAGGGUAAAACAUUGCGGACCGCAGUGAAGGAUUGUACCCAGCACCACAAGUUUUGGGUAGAUGCAAUAAAAAAUCUUGAACAAAUUAAAUUCAUGGAAAAUGGUCGUGAAAAGUCUGUGCCCACCUUAAAAAAUUUUGUGACAACACUAAAAAGCUACAUGAGAUUGUGGCAGGUAUUCAAAUCAAAUGAUUUAAAAAUUAUGCGCCCUAGGUAUUUUAAUACAGACCCUGUCGAAAAUUAUUUUGGUCAGGUUAGGGCGUAUAAUUAUCGUAACACAGACCCUACCUGCCACAAUUUUAUAAAUACUUAUAAGGCGUUGACCAUCACUCGUGUGAUUAAAUUUCAUUCGGAUGGGUUUAAUUGUGAGGAUGACCCCGCAGAACAAUUAAUAAAUCUUCAAUGUCUUUUCCAAAACGAUGAAAACAAAGGCCAAAAUUAAGAGACACAAAAUAAUGUUCUGCUGGGUUGUUCAGAACCAGAAUCGCAAGGAAUAUUGGAGCAAGCGCGAAAGGAGAGAUUAAGUACUCAUUCUAAGGCUUAUGUGACUGGAUGGGUAAUUCGAAAAACUUUAGAAAAGAACCCUUGUUCCUUAUGCAAAAAAUCUUUGACAAGCAAUGAAAAUGAAACGAUACAUAAUUGGAUUAGUCAUAAGGAAUUUAAGGCGUCGAAUAAUAGCCGCAAGCUGAGUUACCCAUCUGGAGUAGCUGUUAGGUGCUUCGGGACAGUAUUAAAUAAAACAAAUGAGUUUUUAGAAAAAAAUGCUCACACAAAAGAUAUUUUAAAAACUAUUAUGAAAGAAAUAGAUACUAUUGAUUUGGUAAACUGUCCCGAGCACAAAGAUUUCGUACACCAAUACUUCUUGCAGAUCGUCAUCCGAUUCACAAUUUAUAAUUGGUGUAACACGAUAAACAAAAUUUUGAAAGGUGUGGAUAUUGUAAGGCUGGAAGGUAAAAAUUUGCCAUAUUACCAGAAGCUGGCCUAUGAAAAAUAUCUUAAAAGAAUUAAAAAUAAAACUAUAA